GGAGCGAACUCUUUGCGAGGAGGGGCUUUUGACCCGAGUCCAACACUGUUGCAGGGCAGCGCCUCGAACUGUCGAACGAGAGAUGGUUAUCAAGUUUAGCCCAGUCCACACGAUCUUCCUCUCUACAUACAAAACCUGGCUUUCGAUCUAACUCUCCCACUUCCGUCAUCCUCGCUGUUAGAAAAAUCACACUGAGACACUGAAACCAGACUUCCAUUCCAUACCUCCAGCCAAUUUUUUUAUUAUUAUUUCAGAUCGAAAUCCAAAACCCUAGAGUUCCUUCUCACUCUCACUCACUCUCUGUCUUCCGACCUCUACUGUUCUCUUCAAUGGCGGGGAGUAAAGGGCGCGAAGGGGAGAUGCUUGAAUCGAUCUACUCAGUACUGGCCUUGGUUUUCAUACUAGUGGCCUGUGUCGAGCUCGGCGAUGCUGCGACCGUCGUCGAUGUUUACAGGCUUAUUCAGUACGAUCUCGCCGGUGUUCCGUUCGGAUCUCGCCUUGCAAGUCUUAACCAUCAUGCUGGUUCUUUGCCAUUCGCACCUGGAGCAGAUCUUUCGCGUACUGUCGUUAUAAUUCCGUUUCGAGAAGUCAACAUUACCUUCCUCCGAGAUUACAUUAUGCAAAGACAGCCGUUAGGUGGCCUACUACUAUUACUUCCCCAAAACAUUAGUUCAGAAAGCAGAGAAGAGGCAGAGGAAGGUGACCGUAAUAAUGGAAAAGAGCUGAUAAGAAGUGAACUGGCUGAACUGGAAAAAUUACUUGUACAUGUCAACAUACCAUAUCCAGUGUACUUUGCUUUUGAGGAUGACAAGAUCACUGCUGUUUUAGCUGAUGUCAAGACGAAUGAUGCUACUGGUCAGCCUGCUACUGCAACAACUGGCGGAUAUAAGCUUGUGGUUUCCACGCCAGAACCUAAGAAGCUUGCAUCGCCCACGAUUACAAACAUUCAGGGAUGGUUGCCGGGAUUAAAAGCAGAUGGGGAUGUGAAUCAGCUCCCAACAAUUGCUAUAGUUGCUUCAUAUGACACAUUUGGUGCUGCACCGGCUUUGUCAGUGGGAAGUGAUAGCAAUGGAAGUGGAGUAGUGGCACUUCUAGAAAUUGCUAGGUUGUUCUCUCUCCUUUAUUCAAAUCCUAAGACAAGGGGAAGAUACAAUUUGCUUUUUGGGCUAACAUCUGGUGGACCUUACAACUAUAAUGGAACCUUUAAGUGGCUCCAGAGUUUUGAUCAGCGCUUGCGUGAGAGUAUUGACUAUGCCAUUUGCUUGAAUAGUAUUGGUUCUUGGGAUGAUGAGUUAUGGAUUCAUGUAUCUAAGCCUCCAGAAAAUGCCUACAUAAAACAAGUAUUUGAAAGUUUCUCUAGUGUAGCAGAGGAAUUGGGAGUCAAAAUUGGCCUGAAGCACAAAAAAAUUAAUGUUUCAAAUCCACGAGUAGCUUGGGAGCAUGAACAGUUUUCAAAGUCAAGAGUCACUGCUGUCACACUUUCUGAACUUUCUGUUGCACCUGAAUUACUAGAAAGCACUGGAGGUCUGUCUGACAGCAGGCAUUUUGUGAAUGGGAUUGCAGUUUCGAGAAGUGUCAAGUUAGUUGCUGAGAGUCUUGCGAGGCAUAUUUAUGGGCACCAAGGAAAGAACAUUCAGAUCUUUGCCGAUGGUAGUAGUUUAGCUGUCAAUCCUUUUUAUAUUCAGUCUUGGUUGGAUCUUAUGUCACAGACACCCCGUGUGGCUCCAUUUCUCCCAAAGAAUGAUCCGUUCAUCUUAGCUUUGAAAAAGGAAUUAGCGGAUCAUACUGCUGAGGUGAAUGUACAACAUGAGGCCCUUGAUGGAAUAUUCACUUUCUAUGAUUUGACGAAAGCAAGUCUUAAUAUAUAUCAGGUUGCUAGUGUGACUUUUGACCUGCUCUUGCUACUUGUGUUGGGUUCCUAUUUGAUAAUUCUGUUCAGCUUUCUUGUCAUCACAACUAGGGGUCUUGAUGAUCUCAUCAGCUUAUUCCGGCGACCUCCAUCCCGCAAGGUUAAAAUGGCUUGAGUGCAGCAUGUUAUAUUUUCUUCACACUGAACUCUUGUAGAAGUCAUAGAGCAGUUCCCCCAGGUAUCGCCACAGAUCAAAGCGAUGGUGGUGCAUUGUUGGUACACUAUAGCUUAGGUUGACAUAAGAUAGGGGAGGUCUAGCAAUUGGUCGAGGGGUCUGAAAUUCUAUUUUUAUUGUGCAAGAAAACAAAUUUUUGGUUUCAAUGCAAGUCAAAUUUUGGCUCAAGACCCAAUUCAAUAUUUAGUUUACCUUCUGUGCAUUUCUAUUAGGGUAUUUUACUUAUCUUGAAAGGAUAAUGUAACAAAUCCAGAUCCUUCUGAUCUGUUUGGAAACCUGUCUGUAAUUAUUUUAGCUAGGAGAAAUAAAUAGAAACUUAGCAUUUAGAAUCAAA